AUUCCUCCGACUAACUGAAAUUCGCAUUUUAUUUUUCCCGCCUUUUGCCUUGGUUACUAUCACAACCUCUGAAUUUUGGGAGGUCAGAAAGCUACCUCUGUGGUUAACCAAUUAUGCGUUUUGGAACGGUAACGUGAGGUUACUAUAAACCAACCGCAAAGUCGUACCGAGGGUUUUGGAACGACCUAUGGUAACCAAGGUAGGGAUUUGGAACGCACCCCAGUGGGGAAACCGGUUGAAUCAACAACGGCACGUCAUUGAGUUCAGGUUGGGUCCGAGUACACACGGCAGGGUACGGCCUUGCCGCGCGCGAGCGACAGAGAAACGUUCCACGGGCCGCGUGAAGUUGGCCGCGGAACGGGGAGCAGUGUCGGACGGAACAUCCAGAGACCUAACCUCCGAAACGCGGCCGCGGUCACUGGAGAGCUCGGGGACUUCGGGCGGCUUUCGUGGAGCCGUUUAACUUCCCUUUCGGAGCGCACGCGUGUGUCGGCGUGUACGAGUGACGAACCGCCGCGUGUUCCCGCACGCCCGGGCGUUUAAUCGUCCCGAGUCCUGCUCGGCGAGCGACACGCAUAUAUAGAUUGUCGAAGCGCUGGGCGAUUAACCUAAUCCGGCGUAGAGUUAACUCGCAUGCCCCGCGUGUAUCGCGAACCACGGUGGGAAUAUAAAUAUAAUUCUGAUAUGACAUGAAUUUGCUGCCACGGACUCGUGAACUCAUUCUGUUUCGGCAUAAAUUAAUUUCUUCAGUCAACAUUAGUGUUCAACAAGGUGAACCAUGGGAUCUUUAUUGGGACGUAUGUGACGAAGCAUAACGCUUUUGCUUUCCCGGGCUUUCCGCAUUCAAAAGGAAACUGAUGGAAUCGACGAAGAGGAACGAUUCCGCGGGGCGCGAGUCGAGAGAUGAGAACGGAAAAGACAAAUGUCGCAGCUGCGACGCCGACGAUAUACAGGACAAAAUGAAGAAAGUGGACGUGAAAACGUCCUCACCUACGAGUCUAUUGGCCAGGAACACCUUUAUGUUACCCACUGGAGUCAUCAGACCCAAUCAGAGCGAGCAAGUGAAAGCAAAAACCGAGACAAUGCCGUCGUCCGGGUCUGCUACCGGAAACCCGCGGAAUAAGACAGCCUUAGCACCGGGGCACAGUUUGAUGGAUUGGAUCCGUCUGGGUAAUUCAGGAGUUGAUUUAACUGGAGUCGGCGGUGUACCACAGGUUGUAACGUUGUCCGAGCUCGCUAAUCAUAACAAGCAAACCGACGCCUGGAUCGCAAUCCGAGGAAUGGUAUACAACGUUACGCGUUACAUGGACUUCCACCCAGGUGGGGUUGACGAAUUGAUGAGAGGCGUCGGGAAAGAUGCCACGAAGUUAUUCGAAAACGUGCACGCUUGGGUGAAUUAUCAGAGCAUUCUUCAAAAAUGCGAAGUAGGCAGAUUAAGUCGCGGAACUUCCUCCGCGUCGAGCACUUCCUCCAUAACGGAAAAGUCGGUUACGGAUGCGAACAACUGUUUACCCGUGACGCUGGGUCGAAGCAAACGUUCCACUGCAGAAAAGGCAGUUGACGGAAACUCGUCGGAUUCACCUAAUGUGAAUAUGGAUUGGCGGCAAACAUCUAAUUCUAUUACACUCUUUUAUCAAGGCUUACGCGACUACCCAGGAAUCUAUUAUCAAUUACAAAGGUUGAGCGACACGAAAGUUAUCUUCAGAUUAACUUUUGAAAAGUACAUUAUUAUCCAUGAGCUCGAAUUAAUCGCAGAUGUAGAAUGGCCGCCAGUGUGUAAAAGAGAUUUCGAUACGAUGCAGGUAGACUUUACGUUUAUGAAAAGGCUUAAAGACAUUUGGAAAUCUCAGGGAAACCAUACAUUAUCGCGGGAAUCAAUCACAAAUAAACGCACAUACAAAGAGUACGAAGUACUCAGUAACACAUCCCUUUGCAAACUAGUUAAUUUGUUAGUUUUACGUGCGAAAGAUUUUCUAGAACUAAUUCCCGUCGGUAGACACAUAGAAGUCAAAAUGAAUAUAAUGGGAAUGGAAGUAUCAAGGUAUUAUACGCCUGUCCCACCGUGCCUUCAUCCCGAAGAUAUGGCGCCAAAUUACAAGCCUGAUUGCAUUUGCUUGAUGAUAAAGCGAUAUCCAAAUGGCGCACUUAGUCCGUCCAUCACCAAAUUACAACCUGGCCAAACUCUUGCAAUGAGCAAUGGUUUAGGUGCCUUUGUAACCGAAUCUUUCGAUCGGUAUCCUGUUAUUCACAUGCUGGCAGGUGGAACGGGUUUAACCGCGAUGUUAGGAAUAAUUCAACGAGCUUUAGCGAGGCGCAGUAUAAAAUUAAUCAAUCUUCUAAAUUUCAAUAAGGAUGAAGACAAUAUGUUUUACGUGGCGCAGCUUGAUAAAGUAGCUGCAGAGAAGAAGUUCAAAGUUACACAUAUCCUUUCGCAAGCAAGUGAUAAAUGGGAGGGUAAACGCGGUACUGUAUCCGACAAAUUACUGAAGGAAUUGAUUGGCGAGUGUUCACCAGAGGGAUGCAUAUUUACGUGUGGACCAAAAGGAUUUAUGCUAUCUGCGAAAAAGUGUAUUCAGACACUUGGUUGGGAGUCUCACCAAAUAUACGAUUUCGACGACUAAUCGUCUGCGCUGAAAGUAUACGUGCCAUAUACAUAUAUACAUAUAUAUUUCCUUUCCUUUCAGAGAGUCUUUCUAGAGAGCCUAAUAAGAUAUGAAAACUCGUACCUGUCAAACGUUUAGUUAAAUAUUAGUACAGAUGUUCUAUGACAGCUGUAUGAACUGUCAUUGAUGUGUCUAUCAUCAAGGCGAUAUUUUUCUGGAAUAAUGAAGAUUUUUAAGCACUUUUACUCCCAUCUCCGCCCAUAACGAUACAUUCUUAGCUGCGAUACAUUGUAAUACUAUACGUAUAGUAGAUAUUUACAUGUAAUUUUGCGAGUAAUAUAGGAGAUGUGCAAAACAAGAAUUUUUGAUGUCGAAUCGAAUCGAAUCAAAUUUUAUUUCCUUUUUCGAAUCAGAUUCCAGUCGGCAAAAUUUUAUCCGAAUCGAAGCAAACCGAAUUGUUAAAUGAACAUAAAUUCUUUUUAAGGUAAAAAACAUUUAAAUUAAUAUAAUAUUUAGUAUAAAACUAAUAAAAUAUAUUUUAAUUAAUGUCACAGUAACUGAAAUUAUUAGGCAGAAAAUCAUAGAUAAAGUAUUAAAAUACUGUAAUGUAGUAUCCAAUAACACUAUCCAAUUACAUACAGAGUUAAUUAAAGUAAAAUAACAGUUUAUUUCAUUAUCAGUACUCGGCUUCAGAUCGAAAGAUAAGAAUCAAUUACAUUGUUAAUUAGCCGCGCAGUGAGUGAUAUUGUAUGCACUCACUGAAUAUAAAUUGAGACGAUAUAUAUGAUUCGUUUUCAAAUCAUCUAGAUUCGCAUCAGACCCGAAUCUCACCCGAUUUGAUACGAAUCGAUUCGUAUUCGAAUAGUUUGCAUAUCUCUAAUGGCAAUCAGAAAAUAGAAGCAAACUUGUUGCGCGAUUUAGAUAGAAAAAUGAUGUACGCCUCAACAUAUGAAACAUUUCUCUUCUAUACGAUUCUAUUGAAAGCAUUUUAUUGAAAACGUUCAUACCUGUUUCAGAGGGAAAUAUUUAUUAAAAAUCUGUCUUUUCAUGCGGAUGUAACAAUAAUGCUACUGUAUAUAAUUUCAAUUUUAUAUAAUUUAUUAGUCAUUCAGCUGUAUAAUCACAUUGGGUAAUAUACGUAUAUUUUCUGUGAGAAUUUUAAACGCGCGUAGUAAAUAAUGCACAACUAAAUAAACAGGAAACGCAUAAUAAAAGCGAAUAAUCUAGAUGUAGGCGGUUAAUCAUAAUUGUAGAAUUCAUACUUUUUUGUAGGAUCAAUGUGAUACUUUUAAAUUUAAUUAGUACGUUGAAUUUGUUACUUAGGUUCAAGUCAAUAAUUAAUAUGUCGUUAAUACGUGUUGUAUUAACGCCUUAUUUUUAUGUAAAUAAAGUCGGAUAAUUGUUCUUUGAGGAAAGACGGCGUAAAAUGCUGCGCAUUUAUACAUUUAAAUAUGUAUACCGGUAAUUGAAAAUAAAUUGCAUAUAGAAUGACUGAAAACUGUUAAAAGUA